AUGACUUCUUGGUCAAAACAAAAUACACUGCAUUUUAUAGAGGCAGUGCGCAGGCAUCCCUGUAUAUGGGAUGUGAAACUAGGAGACUAUAAGAACACUCAGAAAAGGUACGACGAGUGGGAGGAAAUUGCCAAGGCAUUUAACGUGUCAAGGAAGGAAUGUGAGGACAAGUGGCAUAAUUUAAAAAGCCAAUAUAGUCGCGAGUUAGCUAAAAGGAAGAGCAGCAAAGGAACUGGAAGUGCUACAAGCAAUGUGUACCACUCUUCAUGGUAUGCUUUUGAAAGUAUGCAGUUCAUAAGAGACAAUUACAAACCACUCUCUCAUAGGAUCACACAUGUAGUAGUACCAGUAAGUAAACUUGUUAUUUUAUUAAUCAUAUAUUUGGCAACAUUUUUUCGUGCUAAUGCUUUACAUAAUGUGAAUAUUUACAAUUUCACUGAAAAACAUGAUUCUCCAUACUGCUAUGGUUUGAAGUCCUGA